AUGAAUAGUCUCAAUGCGUUGACUAUUACUGAGGAGAAACUUGAUGAUGAUUCGAAGGAGAAAGACAGAGAUUGGAACAAGGAUAAAGCAGCAGAAAACAAGAACGAGGAAGAUGAGAAAGAACAGAAGGAGCCAGAUGACUGGGACGUUCUGGGAACGGUCGAUGCGUACAACUAUCCUGCUUUUUGUGCAACUAUUCCCUCCUUCCCGCAACUCGAGGAACUUAACGGAAAGAAGAGAUUGCAAGGACUGACGCUCAUCUUAUCGAUGACCUUGACCAGUAAGAUCAGUGCGACUAUUGAUCCAUACCUUCACAGCUUCGGUACCAGCAUAGCCAUCAAGCCGCUCACGGAGCCUGAGUUGAACAUCCACGCAACAUACACCUUGACGUUCAAAGGCUUGGACCCUAUUUCCGUGAAGGAAGUCAUUGUUGGAUCGUUCCAGAAGAAGCUCCUCAUCUUCCAUCUGAACCCCGAGGGCAAGUCACAACUGUUUUACGAGUCACACGUAUCAGGGAAUGAAAGGCACGAGAAGAGGUACCAUGACAAUUCCGAAUACCGUAACCUCACUAGGCAUGGGCGCUGUAACCUUAGAAGGCGAGCCUACCUGUUCCACCAGGGGAUUCCCCAGGAGACACUUCGAUAUAAUGUCUUUGACGUCGAAGAUGGGAGGGCGACUCCGACAUCAACGCCGGCGACGCCGCCGUAG